AUGAUUCACAACGAUGAAUCCUCCUGCCCCAUUGAUGAGAUAUCAUCAGUGUCGACGAGUGAGAAGAAGAGAAAGGAGCCUCCAAGAGCAUCCAACGGAGUAGAAAAUUCAGAGGCCAAUAACAAUGACGAUUCCGAUGAUGUCAUUAUGAGAAAGAAGAUGAAAUUUGAAAAUGAGGUUGUUUUGAAUGAAGAGCCUCUGCCCCAGCCAGUUUCAAUCGAAGAGGUAUUGAAACAGUGGCAUGUAAAGAAAGCCAAGCAUGUUUUCUUGGAUUUGUUGAAAGAGAACUCCCAAAAUGGAGUCUCUUCCGCCGUAUCACACACGGAAUUACUUAAUGAUCUGAUCGAGCAAAGAGAGGAAAUUGAAAGCGUGUCGUUGUACCUCCUAGAGCAAAUGGUUAUCAAAUGCCAAGUCCAUUCAGUUCAGUUUAUUCGUGAUUUACUGGAAAAGAAUAGGAAUGAGGUUACCAAGAAGGCAGACGAUAAAUACCAGGUGGAGUUGUUGUUGGGAGACACCCAUCGUCCUUCUCACAUGAGCGAUGGUGACGUUUUGAGUCAUUGGCUUAAAUUUGUUCUACCAAAAGUAGUUUCCAAGCAGAAUGAACUGAAUUUGGUGGAGACCGUCCAUGAAAAUUCAGAGCAAAUAGACACAAAAAACGAGGAACAACAAGAUUUGUAUGAAGAGUUUGACAGAGCAUCAGGAACAGAUGUGCUAGCUUUUAAUGUUGAUGAAGCUUAUUUCAUGCAGGAGGGUGAAACCUUACAACUUGACGAUGAGGAAUUGGAUGAUAAUGAAGUUGAGAGCACCCAAAUUGAAGUUGUAUCUGAACUGAGUUAUACACCAAAAGGAAAUUUUCCCAUACGUUUCAAUAAUGAAUCCAAUAAGUUUGUUUUCACAGAGAAUGUAAUUGAUGACGACAAAUAUCAAGACAGCUGCAUUCGUUGCACGUAUUUAUUUGAUGAAAUGCUGCCAGAUGAAACAGAUGCUAAAUACAUCGAGAGCCCAUUACCCGACCUGAAGAAUGCUGAAAAUCCAUUUGCAUGUUUGUUAGAGAAAGUCAUGAUCAUGUUUGAAAGAAAUACUACUCCUCAGGACCACCAAACUUUUGAAGUUUCCAGAUUUCGUUUAGCCACUUCUCUCUUGUUAUUGAAAUGUAUUAAUACUGAGCUUGUAUACUUGAGAAAUAGAACUACUUCUUCUACAUUUGGCAUCAUGUGUAGACCUCUUAUUCGGAUGAUCAUUGAUGUUUUCAUUGAUGACAGAAAGUGUAUUUAUUUUCAAAUGGACGAUGAACAGCAAGCUCUUAUUUUAGGAACAGAUGAAGAUGUCAAACAAGAUAUUAAGAUUCAAUGUGCUGAUAUUGACCAUGGUUCAGAAGAAAUGACAUUCAGCGAAGAAGAAGAUGAAAGUGAAGAUGAUGAUGAUGAAAAAGUAAACCAGGUGACUCCACCCACCAAGAGCGAGUAUAUUGAAGAUGAUAUUGAGGAACAGGACUCUACUUGCUCGUCUGAUUAUGACUCAGAAGAAAUUACAGAUUUCAAAAAGUUUGACCAUCCAAUGUGGUAUAAUAAUAUGACCCAGACCAAGUUCAUUGAAAUUUGUUCAUUUAACAAGAACAUCAACCAUCCGGUGCCUAUAAGUUUGGAAUCGACACACGAGUUUCUUUCUUCAGAGUAUCUUGAAGACGAGGAAAUCAUCAAGGAACCUUUGGUAGAACAAGAAAGAGUGACCUUUUAUGUUGAGAAUGAAUACGAAGCUGAAGAUAUGAUUCAUAGUGUGGAUCAUGUAUUCGAACCAAGCUUACUUCCAUGCCAUCAAGCUCCAGAAAGUAAUUCAUUAGUACCUGACAUUCUCCGAUUAAUGAGACGAGCUGGAGUAAGAUCCGAGCACGAGGGAGCCGUUAUGGAGGGCUUUUUCUCGCUCAAAGAAUUUAUUUCCAAACAUAUUGAGUACUUUAUUGCAACAAAGACGGAUGACACGGUAACCAUGGAAGAUGUUUUUCAUGCUUCAAAAGAUGUUUUUAAAACAGUCUAUACUCCUAAAUAUGUGAAUGGAUAUUCUCGAAACGACCGACCAAAAUACGAGGAAUGCGUAAUUCCACUCGAGUAUUGCACUAAACCAGUACAUCCUCCAAAAGAAUAUGACCUUGUCGAGUUUGAGGACGCGUUACUAAAGGGUUGUUUCGGAGUUGAGGAACCUGUGGACGAUCCUACUCCAAUAGCUGUCUAUGAAACACACGCCAAUAAUGGUAAAAUGGCAGAUUAUAUUGCUUUCUUUUUGGAUGAAAUUAAGGAAAAUUCGACAGCCAACUCCAAUUUUUGUGAUAGUUUUAUUCUUUCAACAGACAGAAGGAAGCUUGGAAUUUACACACCAAUUGUAAAGUCUCGAUGCCCCUCAUUGUAUAACGAAUACUUUGAUUCUCCUGAAAAGAGAAAGCAAGGACUCAAGGCUGCCGAUCUUUCAGAAGCAUAUCCAGACAUACGCUUACCUCUUGAAUUUGAUUUAAUUUUUGAAUGGAUGGAAUAUGUGUACAGAGGAUAUCUUCCUGAUAGCGAGACUCGAGAUGAGCACUACAGAUAUGACGAUUAUUUGAAAGAUAGCAAACAUCUUAGAACAAUAGAUAUACUUGUUGAUCACUUUCCCCUUGAAAUUGAAGAAGAUGAUGAUUGGUUCUCAUCACAACUUGAUAACGACAAGGAGUGCAAGCUAGAUCGUUUUGACCCCAAAAACACAUGCUACACACUGCACACUCUCUAUCAAGACGAAGACACGAAGGAUUUCAAGCUCUAUAUCAUCAAAGAUGAACGCAAAGUGGAAUUCUCCUUGCACAAAUAUGUUCUAGCUUCGAGAUCUCAAUUUUUCAGAACAUUAUUCGAAAAUCAAGUGGAUGAAUAUGAUGCCUCGGAAAUUUUUGCAGACGAAAAAUCGUUGAAAAAUUUUACAUUUUACAUUUAUCACAACUUUUUAGAGAAGCCAAGCUGUCCUUUUGAGGUUGAACAAGAAUGUGAGGAAGACAACAUCAGUGACAUGAAUGACGAAGAUAGUGAAACUUCAGGACACGAAGAAGAAAACACCAACAAGGUUGAAGAAGUGAGUGAUAUGCCAAUCUCUACCACAAAUACCUCUUUGUCGACAUCCAGCGACGAAGCUCCAUCUGAUUUAGAAACAUUAUAUUCAUUGGACGAUCUUUUUAAUUUAUAUGAAGCAGCUGACUAUUUAGGAGAGGAGAAUCUGUGCCAACUUUGUGAAUAUUUGAUAGGACAACAGACUACCAUGGAAAAUGCUCUAGAGGUUCUCGAGUUUGCUCUAAACAACUACUCCGUUGAAGCUUUCAGCGCAGCAGAGUUAUUUAUCUUGUCUUGUGGAAACCCUUCUUUCAUUUCUGAGCAUUUUAGUGGAGAAGAACUCAAUUACUUCCACACACUACAAGGCCCUAUCUCAUUCGAAAACGUUAUUCCAAAGUUGGGCUAUGUCAUGAAAAUUGUCGAAUCUAAUUCAUCACAACUGAACGACGUUUACAAAAUUCGAAUGUCACAAUUCCACAAACCCAAGCUAUUGUGGUUUAUUGUGCGAAACAUUUCCCAAUUUUCAACAGAAUCCCUUCAAAAAUUGCAGAACAUGCAAUAUUCAUAUAUUGUGGAGGAAAGUGAGCUAGAAAGUGACCAAACAAGCCAAAAGACGGCCACUGCCAAUUUAUUGUCGCUUGUACAGUUUUUGGCAGAUCGAUACGGAUAUUGUUCACAGUUCUAA